GUGUGACGUCAGAGGGAGUCCUCCUAAAGCAGCGCGCUCUAGUUCUGCAUGUCAAACACACACACACACUCACACACACACACACACACAGGCUGCAGCUCGCUGUGCUGUUUCCCUCCCUGCAGAGAGAACUGAGAGGAGCCACUAUGGGUUGCCUGGACUGCUGUAUAAAGUGUUUAGGAGGCGUUCCGUACGCGUCUCUACUGGCCACCAUUUUGUGUUUCUCCGGAGUCGCUCUGUUCUGCGGCUGCGGUCACGUGGCCCUGAGCGGCACGCUCACCAUCCUCGAAAACAACUUCUACAGGAACCUGAGUGAAACUGCCAUGCUCACCGACAUAAUCUAUCUUCUACAGUAUGUGAUUUAUGGCAUCGCUUCGUUCUUCUUCCUCUACGGCAUCAUCCUGUUGGCUGAGGGUUUUUACACCACCAGCGCAGUGAAGGAGCUGCACGGCGAGUUUAAGACCACCAUCUGCGGCCGCUGCAUCAGCGCCAUGUUUGUGUUCCUGACCUACGUUCUUGGAGUGGCUUGGCUCGGAGUUUUCGGGUUUUCCUCGAUUCCAGUUUUCCUGUUUUACAACAUUUGGUCCACGUGUGCGUCCAUGGGCUCUCCGGUCAACUCCUCCGUUUGUGUGGACAUGCGACAGUACGGUAUUAUUCCAUGGAACGCCACUCCAGGUGUCGCUUGCGGUUCGACGCUUCUCGACAUUUGUAACUCGAGCGAGUUCUACCUAUCCUACCACCUGUAUAUUGUUGCGUGUGCUGGAGCCGGAGCUACCGUCAUCGCCAUGUUCAUCUACAUGAUGGCUACCACUUAUAACUUUGCUCUUCUGAAGUUUAAGAGCAGAGAAGACUGUUGCACUAAGUUUUAAACUCACACAGGAAUCAUAUGGACCAAAAAAAAGUAAAAAUGAGAAAAGAAUCCGAACCAAAACUUACGAUACAAUGUGUAAAUAUUUAACUAUAUCUGUAUUUAGCAUUUUUAGACCAGGGAGCUCACUAGUUUCCUAAAUAUCUUUUAAAAAAAAAAAAACAACCACUAGAGAUUAUUUACCCAGAAUUUUAUAUUAACUAGCGUAAAUGUAAUGUAAUAAUAUAAUCGCUAGUUGCACUAGCAUGUAAAGGACCGGUUUAAGGGAAACUUUAUGCUAAUUUUUCGCUUAAAUGUAGUCGAUUAGCCAAGACGUUUGACAUUAACAUUGCGUAGCUACAAGGUUAAUAUAGCGAACGGGUCCCGAGUUAGCGUUGUCGAAAACACACACUUGUCUGUAGACAGCAUGAAACCAGAAAAUUUAAAUUUCUCCACUAAACAUUGAAGGCUUCUUCGCUAAAGUGACAAAUUUACUUAAACCUGCCUCAAAUGUGAGACAAAUUUGACAGUUUUUGCACUAACGAACAAAAAACCAAUUAGCGUUAUGCUAACUCCACACUGAAGUCACACACACACACACACAUCUCGCUUGUCUAAGUAGUGAUUUUUUUUACUCUGAAGAAUACUCAAUAAGCCUGUGUGUAAAAUGUGUAAAUAUUACAAAUAUGAACAUUAGGCUAGACAGUUUGAAGACUUUAGCAUGAGGCUAAUAGGAUGGUGCUACAUUUUGAUUAUUCGUUAGAAACAGUUUUAGCCACCAAAAUGUACGAAAUGUACAAAAUGUUCUUGGGAAGAAACAUUGUGCAAGCUGUAAAAUUGCCCCAUUGCUCACUAACGUUGUAUCAGCGCUGCAAAGCUAAUUGUGGUGACAAACAACCAACUAGCAUUGUGUUAACUUUGUAGCGUUUGUGCAGUUAGCAUGAUUGUUCAGUUACGUGUUAGCUACCACAGCCUCGUUGCUCCAGUGUCCUGGCUAAUCAGAUGAUUAUUAUUAUGAGGCUAAUUUAUAAAUAUUAUAACGUUGAGAAGCAGCAUGUAGUUUAUAGUGACAGAAAUUUCGAUGCAGCGACGUUAACAUUUUAACCUGUGUAUCUUUUAUUAUUUCGAAGUUUUUAUUAAGCAGAACAGCUACAUGUUUAUUUUAAUUUUCUCAAUUUUUCAGUUAAUGUUUACUUUGACUCAGUAUUACCUUUAACUUCUGAAAACAAAUGUAGCCUUUUUUUUUCUUUGACAUACAAAAUAAACAUGCCUUGUUUACAAAACCA